AAGUGAAAAUUAUGAUUUCUAAAACCACUGUCAGUAUCGCUGUUGGUGUUGCUGGUAUAUUUGUUGGAUAUUGUGUCUAUUUUGAUCGAAAACGACGCAGUGAUCCAGAAUUUCGAAAAAAAUUACGUGAACGUAGAAAAGCAGAAAAAGAAGCAGCGAAAACCAGUUCCAAAGUGCCAAAUUUGAAAGACCAUGACGUCGUUCAAAAAUUCUUCAUUCAAGAGUGGCAGCAGGAUCUAAUAAACCACAGAAGGCAAACCCAAUAAAUAGCUGAGAAUAUUUAGCAACAAAUAUUCAGAAAAAAAGUUUUUUGAGUAAUGAAAGAUGAAUGCGAUGAAAACAUUGU